AACAGGUAACGGCAGGCAGUUUGCUAGAGUUGCUUAAGGGUAUGGUUGGGUCCUUGCCGGCAUCUAGAGGUUGAUUUUGAUCCUGGCUUCUCGGACACUACAGAUGUUGUGACCACACCCUUGAGCCUUCCACCAGCUAAUUCGUGCCAGAGUCUCCAGGUGGCCUGCUGCUACUUUCCAGUUGCCUGUGGGAAAGGGGUUCAUCCAAGGAAGUCAGCUAUUGCCCUUCCGGAUUCCCCUUCCAGGCUAAGGAGCACCGGCCUCUCCUCCAGCCGGCGAGAUGCCCCUCUUUGGGAAUAUCUUCAGUCCAAAGAAGACACCUCCUCGGAAGUCGGCCUCCCUGUCCAACCUGCAGACCCUGGAUCGCUCAAUCCGGGACGUGGAGCUGGGGCUCAACUAUGGAACGCCCACGAUGAACUUGGCGGGGCAGAGCCUGAAGUUUGAAAAGGGCCAGUGGAUAGCAGAGGCUGGCAUCGGUGGGGGCACGGAGCAGAGAGAGACGCAGCGCCUCCGCAGGCGGAACCAGCAGCUGGAGGAAGAGAACAACCUCUUGAGGCUGAAAGUGGACAUCCUGCUAGACAUGCUCUCCGAGACCACUGCCGAAUGCCACUUAAUGGAGAAGGAACUAGAGGAACUGAAGAGCGUUGGCCGGAGAAGGAAAUAAGCCCCCGAGACACCGGUUAGGAGCAGAGAGACUCCCAUCAUCAGGGGUGUAGGGUGAGGCUGAGCAGUUUGGUUUUUAGCAAAACUAGUGGAUUUGGUCCCAGAACAAGCAACAGCAGGCUCCAGCAGGUGGCAUAGGACAGAGGAAGACAGGGUAGGGUGGUGGCUGGGAAGCCAGCCUGCAAGCACAUCCCAAGGAGCCAAUGGGGGUGGUAACCUUUGGGUGCAACGGCCCAUGUCCCUGCCACCCUGAGGGACAGAUGUUGUUGGAAGCCACAGCUGGACUCCAUCACCUCCCCCGUGCAGGGCUUGAGGGCUGCCACUAGCUCCAUCAAGCCUGUAUUUAGGGGUCUGGAAUAAGUGACCGACUCUUGAUUCUCUGCUGCCAGCCACCCCCGCUAGGCCAUGUGUCCCUGGCCUGUGAAGAAUGCUUGUCCCCAAGUCCACAGCUGCUCUGGCUGCAGCUUCCCAGCAACAAGCACCAACCUUCCACAGUGACACUAUUUUUGUGCUACUUUCCUGUUUAUACCCUUUCCUUUUUAUUAAAUGAUACUGAACGA